AUGGACGCCGAUACUGCCAACUCCGCCGCGAUGGACACGAUCCUACAAGCUACCAAAGCGGCGGGCAAGGGGAAUGUCAUCGCGGGCAAUGCGCUGGCUAAUCUCAGUACGGCGGCGGGGAUGGAUCUGGAGGGGCUGGAGAGUGGGGAGAGGGCGGGGCUGUUGAUGGAGGUGUUGCAGCAGAACCAGACACAGACCCAGUCUCAACCCCCCUCCGACCCCGAUGCCCCAUACCCCAAGCUUGACCUCACCUUGCAAGGUUUCAGAGAAGACAAUGGCCGGAUCUUUAUCCCCCCAACGGUGCGAUAUGUCGAAAAGACGAUGCGGGCGGAUAAGGAGAGUGUACUAGCGCGAGACGCGUUGCCUAUCCAGGGGGAUGAGCAGUUUUUCAAGGAAGGGACGAGGUUAAUUUAUGGUGCGGAAAGUACGGUGUGGAAGAGGGGUUUGGUCUCCGCUGUACAAGCACACACGAUCACGGGCGCCCUCCGGAUCGCCGCGUCCUUUCUCUCUCGAUUUCCUCCGGGCCCAAUACCGGGCGCUCCAAAAGCGGUCUACUGCCCCACUCCUACGACGCCAGAGGACGAGCUGGCGAUGAAAGAGUCGGGGCUGGACGUGAGGCGGUUUAGGUUUCUGGACCAAGAGAGCGGGGCGGUAGACUGGGCGGGGAUCCGAGAGGAUUUACAGGAAGCAACGCCGAGAUCAGUCGUUUUGCUGUAUGUGAGCGGGACGGUACCUACCGGAGUGGAGAUCAAUGCGUCGCAAUGGCGGAUCCUGACCACGUUACUGGCGGAACGUCAACUCGUUCCUCUUUGCGUACUCCCUUUUCAGGGUUUGUCGAGCGGGGACGUAGACCGGGACGCCCAGCCUGUCAAGUUUAUGGUACAUGAGGGUCUCCCCGUUGUUGUCGUCCAGUCUUUCGAUGCGGGAAUGGGCAUCUACGCCGACUCGCCCUCCAUCAUAUCCGUAGCGACUCAAUCUACCGAGACGAAGGACCGGGUCGAUUCCCAGCUCCGAGCGGCGGCGCGUGCGUACCACUCGCAUCCUGCCCCGUGGGGUGCUCAUAUCGUGUGGUCGAUCCUGUCAGACUCGAAGCUGUAUCCCGCAUGGAUGAACGAGAUCAAGGCGAUGUCGGGGCGAUUGCGCUCUGUGCGGGAGAAGCUGUAUGACGUGCUCACGAACAAGCUCAAGACGCCUGGGAGCUGGUUACAUAUCAAGCGGUCGAGCGGGAUGUUAUGCACGGCCCUUCUCCCUCCUUCCCAAGUCUCCUCCCUCGCCCAAUCCCGCAACAUCCAUCUCAACAUGGACGGCUCCUUCUCCCUCGGCGCGCUCAACGCGCCGCGCAUCGAAGUGCUCGCCAAAGGAAUAGAUUACGUCGUCCGCCAGUCUAUCCGGGAACAAGAGGAAGCGCAGGCGCAAGCGAUCGCGAUGGAGUUGGCACUCGCCGCGGCGCGCGAACAGGCAGCCAAGGAAGAAGCCGAGGCGGCCGAGCGGGCCGCGCGGGAUGCAGAGGAGAAGGCGAGGGAGGAGGAUACGUUGCUGAUGGAGGCGAGUAUUGCGGAUGCGAUGGAGAUGCAACGGAGGGAGGAGGAGGAGGAGAAGCGGAGGGAAGAGGAGAGAAGGGAGAUGGAUGAGGCGAUUCGAAAGGCGGCGGAACGGGCCGAUAUGCAGAGAAGGGCAGAGGAGAUUUUGGCUAGUAUUGGGGCGAUGAACUGA